ACUUUGAAAAUAUUUAAUACAUAAAUUUGAAAAUUUAAAUAACGUAACAAAUUUUUUGUUUUAAUUGACAUCAUGUAUGGAAUGCUUUUGGAAAGUGUUCAGCAUUUUGUGCAGCUAGAAUACGGUGAAGAUGUGUGGCAAGAAAUGUUGCAAGAAGUUGGUAUCAAAAAUACGAUAUUUAAUACACGACAAAUAUAUCCUGAUAGUCUCAUGUUGGAUCUUGCAUCAGCAUUGGCAAAAAAAAAUAAUGAUACAAUUAAUAAUGUGAUGCAUUUUUUUGGCAAAUGUUUUGUCAGAUUUUUCAGCAAUCUUGGAUAUGAUUGCACCAUAAAAGCAACUGGUCGAUAUUUUUGUGAUUUUCUUCAAAGUGUUGAUAAUAUUCAUAUGCAAAUGAGAUUUACAUAUCCAAAAAUGAAAAGUCCAUCAAUGUAUAUAACACACGUUGAUCCACAUGGAGUAUUACUUGUUUAUCGAAGUACAAGAAAAGGAUUUACUCAUUAUUUUAUGGGUCAGUUAUUUCAAAUAGCAAAAGAUUUAUAUGAAACUACUCUUGACAUACGAGUUCUAGAAAGUUCUGAUAAUAUACCAGGAUCAAGAAGUGUCAUGGUUAAAUUUCGUAUUGAUUUUGAUAAUCGUGAUUAUACUGCAAAAAAUAGCCGAAUGGAAAUGCCAGUGGCUAAACAAUUACAACCAGUAUCAAGUAGUUUAUUAUUACGUUUAUUUCCAUUUGGUGUUAUUAUGAAUUCUGAAAUGAGAAUACUUGGUGGUGGUGAAAAACUUGUACAAGCAUGGGGUGGUACAUUGUCAAUACUAAACAGACACAUAACUGAAGUUUUUAAAUUACGAAGACCAAAAGGAGUAUCAUUUACUUGGAGAAACAUGAUGUAUUUACAUUCUGUGAUGUUUGAAUUGGAAUUGAUAAGAUCAACCGAAAAUAUUUGUCCCCAUAAAGAUGAAAAAACUGGUAGCUCAAAUUCAAAAUUGGAAAGAAAAAAUAGUCAAGGUGCUAGAAGUAUUUUAUUAAAAGGACAAAUGCGAUAUAUUGAAGAAAUUAAAUCAAUCGUAUUUCUCUGCAGUCCACUAAUAAAUAGCCUCGAUGAGCUUUCCAACAUGGGUCUCUAUUUAAACGACCUCAAUUCCCAUGGAAUGAGCCGUGAAAUGGUCCUAGCUGGCUGGCAACACUGUGGCAGAUUGGAGAUGAUGUUUGAAAGUGCUGAACAAAGAUCAGAAGAAUUAGAAACAAGUUAUGCACUUUUGGAUCGUUGGAAAAAUAAAAGUGAUGAAUUAUUAUAUUCUAUGAUACCACAAACUGUUGCUGAUCGAUUGAGAGCAGGAACAAGUCCCUUAAGUACUUGUGAGUCAUUUGAAUCAAUAACAGUUUUAUUUUGUGAACUUUGUGAUUUUGAUUAUUCGACGAUUGAAGGAGCUAUGGAUAUUGUAUCUUCUAUGAAUGCUGUAUUUUCUUGUUUUGAUUCAUUGAUGGAUAAAUUUAAUGUUUACAAGGUUGAAACUGUUGGUCGCGUUUAUAUGGCAGCAAGUGGUGCUCCUGAUAAAACAAAAGAUCAUGCUAAAAAUGUUGCUGAUGUUUCACUGCAACUCAUCACGCGAGUACGAUCCCUGAAAUUACCCUCGGGAAUUGAUAUACAAAUUCGCAUAGGUAUUCAUUCGGGACCAGCUGUUGCCGGAGUUGUUGGUCUUAAAGUGCCGAGGUAUUGUUUUUUUGGUGAUACAGUUAAUACAGCAUCAAGAAUGCAAACGACAAGUCUGCCGGGAAAAGUUCACAUUUCCCCUGAUACAAAAGCACUUUUACCGCCAGAACUUUAUCGAAUUGAAUCACGAGGCAUUCUUUGGGUCAAAGGCAAAGGAAAUAUGGAAACAUAUUGGCUUCAUCAAACUGACGAUUCAAAAAGUUCAUCUGAUACUGAAAUUGACCCUAAUUCAGAAGUCCCACAAGAUGAACUAAAAGACGUAUUUACAAAAGGUGAAAAAUUCAAUUCAUCAGGUUAUUAUAAUCAUUUUUUAAAUAUUUCAAAAAGAUCAUUUAAUGAUAAUUUUUAUCGUCAUGGAAAUCCACCGAGUAAAGCAUUUUCAGAUAGACCAAAUGUUUGUGAUGAUUGUGUAUGUGGAGUUGGUCGUAAGACAAGGAUCGUUGGUGGAGAACCAACAAAUAUUUACGAAUUUCCCUGGAUGGUAGGUAUGACUAAACAAAGCCAAUUUCAUUGUGGUGGAAGUUUAAUUACACGUCGUCACGUUCUUACUGCCGCACAUUGUCUUGAGAGAUUUGACAGUCGUUAUUUUGAAUUACAACUUGGUGAUCACAAAUUAACUAGACGUGGACAAAAUGCUAUUCGUCGACGUGUUAAAAGUUGGACAACUCAUGAAAAUUUUAAUCGUGGUAAUUUAAAUAAUGACAUUGCUAUUAUUGAACUUAAUGAACCAGUUCCAUUGGAUGGUAUUGUUCGUACAGCUUGUCUACCUGAUAAUCAAGCUAUUGAUUAUACGGGAUCAUACGCAACUGCUAUUGGCUGGGGACGUACCAGCGAGGGUGGUGAUUUAAGUUCACAAUUAAGAAAAGUUCAACUACCAUUGUUAUCUGAUGAAGAGUGUGAUCAAGCUGGCUAUGAAAAAUCAAGAAGAACUGAAAAUAUGAUAUGUGCUGGAUAUCUUGAUGGCAAUAAAGAUUCAUGCUCGGGUGAUAGCGGUGGCCCACUUCUUGUACAAGCACCUCAAGGACAUCUGGAAGUUAUAGGUAUUACAUCAUUUGGUCGUGGCUGUGCUCGACCAAGAUAUCCAGGUGUAUAUACUAAAUUAUCAAACUAUCUUGGAUGGUUGAAAGAAAAUUUGGAUGGUGAAUGUAUUUGUCCAUCACCUGGACAAAAUUAAAUUAUUAUAGAGAUUAAUAUUUCAUUACUUAUUAUUAAUUACUGUUAAAUAUCAUUCAUUAUUUGAGACAAUCUAGUCGUUAAAUUUAAGCUUAGUGGUAGAGGAUUAUUAAG